AGGUUGUUUCCAGAUCAAAGUCUAGUGAAUUCAACAUUUUCGGACACAAUAGAUAAUGAUUCUUUAUUGGAGUUAAUACUAUCAUACACAGGUUGAAAAGUUUCAACUUUGGGCCAUUGAUCACGUGACACAAUUGUCUAGUAUUUUUACUUAUUACACAUCUACAGUGCCAUUCUUCUGUGAACAUUACAUUGGACGAAAGCAAAAUUCAUGUAGAAAACAUGUCGGAAAAAGGGAAUGAUAAACAAACAAAAAAACGUAAAGAAAAGGUGCUGGUAUAUGAUAUUGAGAAAGGGGAAACAACGAAAUGUUUUAUUGAGGCCCUUAAAAAACAUCUUGACGACUUUGAAUUUAAAGAUUUUCGCGAGGCUAAUGAGGGAGAAUUGCCUACUCUUUCUAUCAUUGCAGUUGUACGACACACUUCAAUACGCUUUACAGAAGCCUUGAGUGAAGUCAAAGAACAACUUGAUAAAGAAAAUAUCAAAGAUCUUAAAAGAGUGUUCGUCAUUUACUUUUACGUCAAUAAAUCAGAUGAAGGUUGUGUGCAUAAGAUUACACAGAUAUCUGAGUCGGGACAGUUCGACUUUGCAUCAAUAGUACCGAUUAAUUUCAUCGGCGCUUCUCUGUUAACGUCAUAUUUCUGUAGUGCACCGAAACUUAAAACAGAUACUGAAGAAUCGCUACAAAAACUAAAGGAGUGUAUACUUUCGAGAAAGAAAUUGUGUGUCAACGUCUACGGUGCCGUGGAUUUGCUACGGGUCAAAGCUUUUAUUGCGGAAUUACAUAAUUGCAUUUCAAGCAAGAUUGAAUUACAAGCCGUGAAGCCCUUGGAAGAAGUGACCAAUAUAACAUCACCGACAUUGAUUUGUACAACAGGAGAUGUAGAGGAAUGUCAAGAAAAACUCAAAGAGAAAGACUUGAAGAGAGUUUUCUUUGUCCACAUAGUUGAUGUUGUAAAGAGAUCCGAGAUCCGUGUUAUGCAUGACAGCCCUGACGACAUGGAAAAUACAAAGGUUAUCCACGAGGAACAAAAUACGCUACCUGUUGGUGCUGGAAAAAAUAACUUACAAAAUACCAAAAAUACGCCUUGUGAAAUACAUGAGAUACUUGAUUACAAUGGAAAAAUUGUAAUUAAUUACGCUUUAGCAAAGCAAUUUGAAACCUUUGUUUGCACAUGACCUGGUGAAAUUAAACCUUCGUCUAAAAAUGAAUUUGGCAUUUAAGGAUUGUACAUGCCUGAUAUGUUGUAUAUUAUUAGAUAUCAAGAAUUUUCACAUGUUUUAUGACCGUAUGUAAACAGCUGUGUACAGUAAAUAUAACCCGUGCGCUUACUUAAGGUUUUGGUUGUGAUUGUGCCUUUUAGUAAGCUCCGGUCAGACAACAAACCCAAAUUUUACGUUGAACAUUACCAAUUAUUCAAUACUGAAGAUCGCUUGCUUUGAGCAAAAUGUGACUAUUUCUUGAUAAUUUCGUUGCAAUUAUUAUAGUUGAUAUAAAAUACUUAACAAGCGUGAGAUAUGGAAGGGGAGAUUAUUAUACAGUCGUCUACGGUAUAGCCGAAUUUAUUUCAUAAAGAAUCAUUCGUUUCACUGAAAACCAUUACGAGUAACCGGGGUACAAAAUAUGUAAACUCAAAUUCUAUAUCUUAAACUUUAACCUAAGCUGAUGGAUAUUGUAACUGUGUUUUCUUUAUAUAGUUUGUAAUUGUUUUACCCUAUACAU